CCCCGGCUCGAGGGCUGCGGCUGGGAUGCCGCUGGGGAGGCCGGGCCCUGCCUGGGUGCGGCUCGUUACCCUCACGGCAGGAAUUAGCAGGACUUGGGCGCCAGCCCUGCUCCCUCCACCCUGCCGGCGCACCUUAAAUCCCAGCCUGACGCACCCGGGGCCCAGACCCGGCCACCCAGGGCACCAUGGCGCUGCGAGCCUGCCUCCUCCUCCUCCUCCUCGCGGCCCUGAUCCCCCUUUUGGCACAGUCUGGCCCGACCCCGCGUGCGCCUGGAAGAUCGGAGCCGGCGAUGGGGACGGCAUCCCGGCCGCUGUUUCCUGCAGAAAAGCCUGGGUACUGCUACCACAUCCCGGAGGUGGAGAACCUUCUGGACAAGGACUGCAGCUCCUGCCGCAAGGACACCUCGUGCUCCCACUGUGCUGGUGAUGCCGACUGCCCCGGUGCCACCAAGUGCUGCCCCAGCAAGUGCGGCUACACGUGCCAGGAGCCGGUGCUCGACUUCUGCUACCUGCCCUCCGUCUGCGGGAACUGCAAGGCACUCUUCAUCCGCUUCUUCUACAACGCGUCCAGCCAGCGGUGCGAGGAGUUCAUCUACGGCGGCUGUGGCGGCAACAGGAACAACUUUGAGACGAAGCGGGAAUGUUUCCAGGCCUGCUCCCACGCCGGUAACCAGCCGCACCGGCAGGGCCCCCCCCGGGCUGUGGGGCCGCUGCUGCCCCCCGGGGCGAUGCUCAGCCCGGCCCCGCUCCUGACCCGGCGCCUUUCAGCCCCAGGUGCCCGGUAGCACCUCCUCGCCUGCGCCCGGCCCCUGCCAGGCAGACGCUGCUGCCUGUGGGCACGGCCCCGUCCCCAUCCCCAUCCCCGUCCCCAUCCCCGCAGGGAGCUGUUUCCCGUGGGGCUGGUGGUGGCGGGUGCUGCUGCCCGUGGUGGCCGUGCUGGGGACCGUGGCUUGCCCAGGGACAUCUGCCUGCCCGAGGGCAGGGAUGUGGUGCCCACAGCAGCCUGGCUGUCCCCUCCUGUGCCAUGGCCAUCGUCGUCAUCAUCAUGUCCUGCCAGGACGAGCCCAGACCGUCCCCUGGGGCUGUGAAGCUGUCAAUACAAGGACAGGUCCUUUGAUGA